GGAAAUCUGUGACCGUGGGAUAUUUGAACCUAUAAUGACUAGUGUCUUCUCAACACGCACGCAGAAGAACACCCUUUCUCCUCAUUGGCUGCGGAUGGUCGAUGCAAUCAGGUGGAGCCGUGCGUCCUGCUCAGCGAAGCUCAAAACCCCCGUGCGCUGCCGCCGCUGCAGGUAUCCGACUGCUGGACUCGGGCUGAUCUGCUGGAGGGAUGGCGCACGCUUACAGACCCACCGCCGCAAUCUCGCACGUCUUCAGGGGAACCUUUAUCCACUCGACGCAGAAAAAGGCCGUGCAGAUUCUGGAAGACGCGCUCCUCGGAGUGAACGCGGAGGGAAAGAUCGCAUUCAUUGGAACAGGUGUCGAGCUGCACAAGCUGUCUCAGGCGUUUGGAUUCAGUCCGUCUGAGGUGACGCAACUGACACAACAUGAGUUCUUCAUGCCAGGAAUGGUGGACACCCACAUCCAUGCAUCCCAGUACAGCUACGCAGGUACGGCGCUGGACCUGCCCCUGCUGCAGUGGCUCAAUACCUACACCUUCCCUGUGGAGUCCCGCUUCAAGGAUUUGGACUUUGCCAACCGGGUCUACACACAAGUAGUGAAAAGGACCUUGAGAAACGGAACAACCACUGCAUGUUACUUUGCUACCAUUCACAGCGACGCCUCACUUCUGCUGGGUCAGAUUGCAAACGACUUUGGACAGCGUGCCUUGGUGGGUAAGGUGUGCAUGGACAGGAACGAGGGUGUGAAACACUACAAAGAGACCAUCCAGGAGUCGCACGAGGAAACCUCUCGGUUCAUUGCAGAGCUUUUAAACAAAAAGUACCCCCUUGUGAAGCCGAUAGUGACUCCUCGCUUUGCACUAUCCUGCACAGGAGCCUUGCUCGGACAGCUGGGAGCAAUCGCUAAGAACAACAACCUGCACAUUCAGAGUCAUAUCAGUGAAAACGUUGAGGAGGUGAACCUUGUAAAGGAGCUGUUUCCUGAAUCAGAGUCGUACACGGACGUCUAUCACAGACACAACCUGCUCACAGACAAAACAGUGAUGGCCCAUGGCUGCUACCUCAGUGAUAAAGAGUUGGAUCUAUUCAGAGAGACGGGAGCCUCUGUGUCUCACUGCCCCAAUUCCAACAUUGCAUUGUGCAGUGGUUUGUUAGAUGUCCGCAACGUCCUGAACCACAAAGUGAAGUUGGGGCUGGGAACAGACGUGGCGGGGGGGUACUCAGCCUCUAUGCUGGACGCUGUGAGGAGAACCUUGGACACAUCCAAAGUCUUGACCAUCCAAGACCCGGAGUACAACACACUCACCUUUGAGGAGGUGUUCAGACUGGCCACACUAGGCGGCAGCCAAGCCUUGUCCUUGGAUGACCAAACAGGGAAUUUUGAGGUGGGCAAAGAUUUCGAUGCCCUGAGGGUGAACGUAGCUGCUCCUGGUGCACCCAUCGACCUGAUCCAGUGUGAAGAGCCAAAGAUUCUGUUGGAAAAGUUCUUGAAUUUGGGUGACGACCGUAACAUAGUGGAGGUGUUUGUGGCCGGGAGAAAGGUGGUACCUUUUACAGAGCCAGCGGAGUAAAGCUUUUGGAUUCUCUGCACAUUUCAAUCUGUCUCGCAGCUUAAGAUACUCUGAAAGUUGUGAUAUACUGUAUGCAGCAAAGGCCUGAUCAACUGGAACUACAUAUGGAUGCAAAAUAGUGUACUUUGUAUUUUAUCUGUAAAGACGAAUAAGUCAAAAAGGAAAAUUGAUGAUGAAUAUUUGAAUGUUAAAUCCAGAGGUUAGAAUAGGUGCGAUUAAGUGAAGGUCAUACAAAUAGUGUUAGUCUGAAAUGUAGACUUAUCCUCAAGAAUUCAAAGUAGUGACUGAUCAGUACAGGGAAUAAGGGAUUUAUCAAGUGCACUUUUACUGUUAGUUAUUACAGAGAUAGUUAGUUAGUUGCUCAUUUUUGCAUAAUGAAAUACAUUUUUAGGUUCUCUUUGUUUAUGUUAACACGAUUGUACACUAACACUUUUUACAUAGACACAUUCUAACUGACAAAGAUCAAACUACUGGGGAUUUAAGCCUGUGUAGGGUAUUAACAACUACAUAUUUCACUGAUUCAUUGAUUGAAUAAAGUGAAGAAACUAACUAACUAAGUGAUAAUAGCGUUGGACUAACGUAGACUGCAAUGAUUACUUACUGUGGGUUCAUGGUCCCAUUUUCAUUCUAGUGUAGCUAGAAAAUGUAUUAUUAUAUAACUGGUUUUGCCUAGAUUUGAAUGUUCAGAGAUGAUUGUUUGUUUUUUUUCACUGCACACUCCAUUCAAAUGCAUCCACGAGUGUUUAAAAGGACACAGUACUAGACUGUGUUAUUUGCUGCGUCCGCUGUCACCUUUCCAUUUGUCGGUCUGCUCCGUGCACGAACUGAAACUAGAAUCAUAUAUUAUAUUUAGCUGCAUUAACACAUUUCUGAUUUGGUCAUAUCCAUCUCCUGAGUUGACCUUAGGGAAAAGAGAAACGAGCCUGGUUUGUUAUUGUGAGAGUCACGACUAUAGUUUUUUAUACUAACCUUAUAUUUACAUAUUAAUUCUAAUGGUUUAACCACUGUUAUGGAAAAUUCCUCUGGCCAGUGUCUAAGGUUAUGGAAAUCCCCGGACUAGGUGUCUCACUGCUGUGACCUUGGCAAACAGGGAGUUUGCCUCAGCGGAAAUAGCAGAUAGACACAGAGGAGGAGUUCAUAUCUUUUUUCAUAUUACGUUUUAUGAAGCACCUCUUUGUAUUAGUUCUGGCAUGACUUUUUUUUCAUAUUAUGUGUUAUGUAAAGCCUCUUUGUAUAAGUUCUGGCUUUUGUGAACCUGCGGCCAGUUGUUCCAUUUUGAGCAUCCGUGCUUGUUGUGUAAACUCUGCAGAGCUUACUAUUAUAAAGACUAAAUGGCAAUUCCAGUCUGAGCAUUUCAUUAUUCCAAAUCUCAAGAUGAAUUUCCAUCACACCACUGAGAUGAUUUUAAGGACCACCCAUAUUAAAUACACUUUAUUUAUACACAAUAUUUAUAGUCCUCACUGUCUCAUAAUUGUCAGGAAAUCAAGGGAAAUGAAAUGCACACACUGAUGAGUAUGUUUUUGUCUUGAUAAAUUAGGAUGUAUUUAAGACAAGAUUCCUUUUUUUUACUGAAAUAUCACUAAUUAUUUUAUUAUCAGAAAAUAUAACAGAAAGAUCAGCAAAUUGUAUAUGUUAAAGAUUCUCUUCAUGCGUCACAUCAUGGGGGAUUGAAAUAAAAAAUACCAACAAGUCUA